UAGUUGUGUGUAGAGAGUUGAAGAGAAGAGCCCACCAACUAUGCACUUUUUGCCCUUUUCUUUGAUAUGUCAUUUUUCUUCUUAGGUAUCUCUGAUUCAUAUCUAAACAAACCCUUACCCCUUCUACAUCAACUCAUCAACUCAUGAACAUCAACAUCUAAUCUUCUUCUUCUUCCUUCCUUUCCCCAAAUCUAUUUCCCUUUUCUCUCUUUCCCCUUUACCCAAUACCCACCUCUUUUCUUCUUCUUCUUAUUGUUAUUAUUAUCCCAAUUUUCCUACCUGCCAAAAGAAGAAGGAAAAAAAAAGUCAAUUCUCCAUUUGGGCAUAUCUAAUUUCUGGCUUUUCAGCUUUAGAAGAACUUGGGUUGCUUCAAGAUCUGAUUUUUAUUUUUUAUUGGGUGUUUGAGAUUUGAAUCUUUACAAGUUUUGUUUUUUUUUUCUUUUAGUGGGAUUGAUUCCAAUCAAUUAUAGAUUUAUGAGAUAAGGGUGUUUGUUUGUGUGUUUGGAUUGUAUUUGAGAUUAAGAGAUGAAGAGAGGAAAAGAUGAUGACAAAAGUAUGGGACCUAUGUUCCCAAGAUUACAUGUAAAUGAUACAGAGAAAGGAGGGCCUAGAGCUCCUCCAAGGAAUAAGAUGGCUCUUUAUGAACAGCUCACUAUACCAUCCCACAGAUUUGGUUCUGGAAAUAAUCUUCCUUUGAAUUCCAAAUCCCCAACCAAUAUGGUUCCUUCAGCUUCCUCAAGUCAGGGAAGUGGUGUUGAAAGAAAUAAAGUGUUUACUCGUAACGGAGCUCCUUCAACUCCUACUCAUUGGUCUGAAAAUCUCCAGCCUCGUGGGGAAGUAAAAAUCAGGAAUGCUCCUGCGGCCACGACACAACUUGAGCAGAGAAAGAAGGUCGGAGAUGACAAUGAUGAUUUUAUGGUUCCUGUGUUUGUUCAAGCAACGAAUGGUCGGUGCCAGGGCGGAGAAGCAUUUUCUUCUGUAAGCUCUACUCGUACUAGACAGCCUGUGGAAAGACAAAAUGUCUAUGAAAAGAAUCCAAAGCAACAUAAUUUGAUGGCUGCCACUUUUAUACAAGAUGCAGAAAGUGAGAGAAGAGAGAAUGUGAGAGCAAAUUUCCAAAGUGGGAAUCAUAUUGUAACAUCAAAUAGAGAGAAGAGUGAAGGGCCUCUAAAGAAAAUCAAAGAAUCUUCAAAUAUGGAAAGCAUCGAGCAUGCUUUGUCUAAUUUUAGCAGGUCAUGUGGCAGUGAGGCUGGCUUACAUCAAGAGUCUAGAGUAGGGGGGCCACAACUGGAGAGCAGUGGACAGCAUGAUCAUCUCAGCAAAUCAGCAAGGGAUGCGGAGGGAGGGAAUGAGUUCCAGCCAAGAAGCGAGCCCCAUUGUUGGGUGGAACGUAGCAGGUCCAAUGAACCUGAGAAUGAUAGUGACCACAACAGCAAUAGUAACAGAACUUCACAUUGUGAAAUUGAAACUGUAGAUAAAUUCGAUGAUGGCUCUGAGACAUCAAUGGUGGAUUCAAUAUCAAUCACAGAUAUUUCUCCGGAUGAUGUUGUUGGCAUAAUAGGUCAAAAACAUUUCUGGAAAGCGAGAAGAGCAAUUGCCAAUCAGCAAAGAGUAUUUGCAGUUCAAGUAUUUGAGUUGCAUAGAUUGAUAAAGGUCCAACGGUUGAUCGCUGGAUCACCAAAUCUCAUGGUUGAAAAUGGAGACAUCUUAGAGAAAUCGCCUUUAAAGGGCUGUUAUCCAGCGAAGAAACUUCAACAAGAGUACGUUGUUGUAAAGCCGCUACCUGUUAUUGCUUGUUCCAAAGAUGAUUCAGACAAGCCAAACCGAAAAAGGGAGUUCUCCGCAGAAAAUGCAGUUGGGAAAGAAUCAUUUUUCUCUGUCGAAACAACUAGUCAUUUUAUGAACUACGGACCCUACUUAGGAUAUCCGCAGCCAGUGGCGAACAUGACUGAUAAUGGAAUGGGUCCUUGGGGUUUCCAUCAAUCAGCAGGCCCUCAGUGGUUGGUUCCCGUAAUGUCUCCUUCCGAAGGCCUUGUAUACAAGCCAUAUACUGGACCUGGAAUGAUGGGAGCAGGUUUUGGAGGGCACGGACCUCCUUUUGGCCCAUGUCCUGUUCCAACCAAUUUCGCAAACUCAGCCUACGGAAUUCAACAUCAUCAAGGAGUCGGGGUUUUCCCCGGUAACUAUCCAGUUGGUCAUCCGUACUAUCCCCCAUAUGGCAUGCCAAUCUCUAAUUCAGGGAAGUCAGGUUCGGCAGUUGAAGAAGGGAGCCAGUUAUCCGAACCUGGUUCGAACGGUGAAACUGGUCAGGUACCUAGAGCGGAAGUCCAUUCAAACACCGAACAACAGGGGUCCUGUAAUCUGCCAACCAAGAAAAAUGUAUCCAUUCCCAAACCCAGAAACAGUAAUGAUUUUCAAGGAAGUACAGCUAGUAGUCCUAGAGGAGGAAGAGGUGGGAGAACACAAGAAAACGGGUCGAGUCACAAUGCUCCUCGUCCGCCUCCUCCUAUAGCUCCCGUCGUUCCAGAGGUUGCUUCUUUUCAGCCUCGUCUUCAUCAUCACCAUCACCAUGAUACCAACCAGCCAAUCCGAGUGAUCAAAGUCGUGCCACACAACGCUCGGACGGCAACUGAAUCAGCUGCUCGGAUAUUCCGAUUUAUACAACAAGAGAGAGAACAAUUUGAAUCAAUCUAGAUAGAUAGACAGAUGAGUUGUAUCCUAUUUGUUGUGUUUGUAUUCACCUUCCCUAUCUUUGUUUUUGACCUAGUUGUACUACUAUAGCAUAGCUGUAAAAGAUGAGUAGUGUAAUACUGUUAGUUGAGUGAGUGUAAUAUGAUGAAUACAUGUAUAAAUUUGGUCUCUCUUACAAGUAUCCUAAGCUUCUAGAGACAUUGAGUUUUGGAAUGAGAGAACUAAACUAUUACUUUUACUUGGCUUGCUUCAAAGUUGAUUUGAAACUUGCCAACCAUUCUAUUAUUAUUUCUUUAGAUAUUAAUUUGUACAACAA